AUGACAGAACUGUUCCAAGAGAUCGAACUGCCCUCAGGAGGGUCGUACAAUCAGCCUCUAGGGCUUUUCAUCAACAACGAGUGGGUGGCAUCGUCGUGCGACGAGAAAAUCGAGUCAAUUGACGCGUCCACAGGCGAGGUGAUCGCCGCUGUGCAAGCUGCAGACGCCAAGCUGGACGUCGAUAAGGCCGUGGAUGCUGCUCGUAAGGCAUUCCCUGUGUGGAGAGACACGCCAGCAACGCAAAAGAGAGAUCUACUGCUCAAAUUGGCCACGAUCGUGGAGCAAAACGCAGAACAGCUUGCAAAAGUUGAAUCGCUCGACAGCGGUAAGCCUCUCGAGGCCAACGCCAAGGACGACGUCGGUGCAAUCACCCAAGUGCUCAAAUACUACGCUGGCUGGGCCGACAAGGCCCCGGGCCAGUCGUUCAGCCCAGACGCCAAUACCCUCACGUACACGAUCCACCAGCCACUGGGCGUGGUCGGGUGCAUCAUCCCAUUCAACUACCCACUCGCGAUGAUGGCGUGGAAAUGGACUGCCAUUGCCACGGGCAACACAGCCGUGUUCAAGAGCGCCGAGCAGACACCGCUGUCGAUCUUGUUCUUCGCCAACCUCGUCAAGGAAGCUGGCUUUCCUCCGGGCGUUUUCAACGUACUUUCGGGCACAGGUGCCAAAGUGGGCGACGCCAUGGCCAAGCACCUUGGUAUCGACAAGAUCGCAUUCACCGGUUCCACUCCAGUGGGCCAGCUAAUCCAGCAGUCUGCAGCCGUGAACUUGAAACCCGUCACUUUGGAAUGCGGCGGUAAGUCGCCCAACGUGAUCUUCGAAGACGCCGAUUUCCACAAGGCCGUCAAAUGGACAGCCGAGGGCAUUUUCAGCAACAUGGGCCAGAUUUGCUCUGGAACUUCCAGGUGUUUUGUACAGGAAUCCAUCUACGACAAGUUUGUAGAUGCAUUGGCCAAGCAUGUUGAGGAAAACUACAUUGUCGGCCAUCCCACUGAACCAGGCGUGAAAGUCGGUCCUCAGAUCUCCAAAAGACAACAAGAACGCAUCCAGUAUUAUAUUCAAAAGGGUAUUGACGAGGGCUGCCGUGUGGCUCUUGGAGGUCCUGGUUUGCCAGACUCGAUAGCUCAAUCCGAAAAGUGCAAAAGCGGGUUUUACGUGAAGCCCACGAUUCUAGCCAAUGUGACCUCCAGCCACAUUGUGGCCCGCGAGGAAAUAUUUGGCCCCGUUAUCGUCAUUGGCAAGUUUUCCACUUACGACGAAGCCCUAGAGAUUGCCAAUGACUCCUGCUACGGUCUAGGGUCUGCAGUUUUCACACAGGACAUCACCAAGGCCCACAAAUUUGCAUCUCAAGUAGAGGCCGGUGUAUGCUACGUGAAUUCUUCCAACCAGGUCGACUUCGCAUUGCCAUUCGGUGGUGUGAAAAUGAGUGGUCACGGUCGGGAACUGGGCGAAUAUGGACUCGGCAAUUUCACCAGUGUGAAGGCUGUUUACGUUAAUUUGGGCAACUAA